GGUUUUUAGUAGGUGGUCCCUGGAUCCCUGUCCUGUGACAGUAUCAGCAGUCCCUGUGCUGUGGGUGCUUCUGCACCCACCGUUUACCUUCAUCCCUGACUCCCAGGUGGGAGAGGGGCAUUGGCCCAGUUUUACCUACAGACGUUCAGGGUCGCUUUAAAAGUAAUUCUGUGUUUAGCUGAAAUGUGCUAAACGUUUCCCAAACACUAGCACUUGAACUGACUUUGUGUCCUCCCUGAGCCUUUGUGUAAACUUGUGGUUGUCAUGGAGGAUCCAUGAUGGCCUCGAUCACGCUUUUGAUAUCCCUGCAGGUGGUCUGUCUGGAGAGAGUCGCUAGUGAAACGGGCGCUGCCUCCCAGGCCAGUGUCCGCCUCACGUCGCUUAAAAAGACGCUGGCUGCCACGCUGUCGCCCCGCGUCUUCCUGCCAGCUGUCAACAAAACCUAUGAGCACAUUGAGAAGAACUGGAAGAAUCACAUGGGCCCGUUUAUGAGCAUCCUGCAGGAGCACAUCGGGGCGAUGAAGAAGGAAGAGCUCACCUCCCACCAGGCUCAGCUCACCGCGUUUUUCCUGAAGGCCCUGGACUUCCGAGCACAGCACUCUCAGAAUAAUCUGGAAGAAAUUGGGAAAACGGAAAACUUUAUCGUUGACUGUCUAGUGGCCAUGGUUGUAAAACUCUCAGAGGUCACAUUCAGACCCCUGUUCUUCAAGCUGUUCGAUUGGGCUAAAACAGAAGAUACCCCAAAGGACAGACUGUUGACAUUUUACAACUUGGCGGAUUGCAUUGCUGGAAAACUGAAAGGGCUCUUUACUCUGUUCGCUGGCCACCUAGUGAAGCCAUUUGCCGACACCUUGAACCAGGUGAACAUCUCCAAAACAGGUUGGUAGCUUGCUGCAGCUCAGCUGACACGGCUCUGUGCGCCUUACCCAGGGUACAGUAAACACAUGACCUAGUGCUCACAGGCGAGGUUCUGAAGGUUCUUGAAUUCUAGGUUAAGGAGGGAGAAUUCUUACUUUAUUGUUGUCAGACAUUGAACUGUUUGUUUUUGCACAAUGAAAAAAAUGUUACUAGCAAGUUGGCUCACUUGGUAGAAAGAAGGAAGUAAAU